UAAAGGCCGCGCUCCUGACCACCCUUCUCACAGCUCCGGAGCACGGCCUGCCAGUGAGGUGGCUCUCUGCACUCCACACACAGUCACACUCCGCGCACUCACACACUUGGAAGCGCCUCCCCACGUCCCUCCCCUGCCCUCCUCUUGCUCUGCUCGUCUCUUCCUCACCACAAAUAGUCGCCGAUCGGCUGCCAAUCCGCCUCUCUCUCUCAACAACAUGACUGACUGGGAAGAGGUGGCUCAGGCAGAGCAGCUCUGCUGGCGCAGGCAGGAGGAGCAGGAGGAUUAUUAAAUAACGCCGCUCGACUCUGUGCAACUGGGAGUGGAGAGAAGGAGCCCAACAGUCGAGAAGGGGAGGGAGGACAGAGGAGGGGGACCAGGAAGGACAGCCCGUGCCCCGAAGACAUAAAUCCCUGAGUGCCCGGGAGGAGCCUUAACAAGCGGCGCGGAGCCCUCAAGGUUGCUAAGUUGGCUAUCCCCGUGCAAGCCUCGGAGUCCCAAUGGGGGACUCAGGAUCAAGAAGAUCUACCUUGGUCUCACGGUUGCCAAUAUUUAGAAAAAGUAUUAGCAGAAGACAUGACUCUCUUCCUUCUUCACCCUCUUCCAGCAAUACCGUUGGUGUCCACAGUUCUUCUCCUUCCAGCACUAACUCAAGCUCAGGUAGUACAGGAAAACGCAGGAGCAUAUUCCGAGCUCCUUCCAUCAGCUUCCACCAUAAGAAAGGGAGUGAACCUAAGCAAGAACCCACUAACCAGAACCUUAGUAUUUCAAAUGGUGCUCAACCUGGUCACAGCAAUAUGCAGAAACUGAGUUUGGAAGAACAUAUUAAAACCAGGGGAAGACAUUCUGUGGGUUUUAGUAGUUCACGACAUAAGAAGAUAACAAGAUCCUUGACGGAGAAUUUUGAAAGGGAAAAGGAGCACUCAACUAAUAAGAAUGUCUUUAUAAAUUGUCUAAGUUCUGGCAAGAGUGAGGGAGAUGAUUCUGGAUUCACAGAAGAACAAACUCGCCGUUCUGUUAAGCAGUCAACAAGGAAGUUACUCCCUAAAUCUUUUUCAUCUCACUAUAAAUUUUCUAAGCCAGUUCCACAGAGCCAAUCCAUUUCGUUGGUACAACAGUCUGAAUUUUCACUUGAAAUUACACAGUACCAAGAGAGAGAACCUGUGUUAGUAAGAGCUUCUCCAUCUUGUUCUGUGGAUGUAAAUGAACGGGCAGGAAGCUCUUUGCAAUCUCCUUUGCUUUCUGCUGAUCUUACCACAGCCCAGACACCUUCAGAAUUUUUAGCCUUGACUGAAGAUUCUGUGUCUGAAGCAGAUGCAUUUCCUAAUAGUGGAAGCAUGGCAUCCCACUGUGACAAUGGUGGCCCCAAUGACCCUACCUCUCAGAGCUCUCCCAAACCUGCUGCUGUUACAAAGACAACAAUAGAACUUAUGGGAGCUGUGCCUGGUGCAGUUAUGUCUCCUGGGAAAUACAGGUUAGAAGGUCGAUGUAGCACUGAAUCUAAUUCCUUAUCAGAAACCUCUGCUGCUAAUCAAAAGGAAGUGUCAUUGCAAAUCACUGAGCUACUGGUUAAGAAUGUGAACAACUCAGAGACUCACCUAUCAGCGGAUACUCAAAGAGAAGAAAAUAUGCCACUACAAAAUGGUGAAUCAAUGCCAAGGACAGGCUCUCCAAGGAAACUUGGAUUCUGUGAGCAACAUAAAGCAAUAGCUGAACGUGUUAAAGGGAUUCAUCCUGUUUCAGAUUCAAGGAUAAUACCUUCUUCUGGAGAUCAUCACAUUUUAAACAAAACAUCCUAUGGUUAUGAAGCAAGUACAGCCAGAGUUCUUGCCAGUAGCCUCAGUCCGUAUCGGGAAGGAAGGUUUAUAGAGAGGCGACUCCGGUCCUCAUCAGAAGGAACUGCAGGGAGUAGCAGAAUGAUUUUGAAACCAAAAGAUGGAAAUGUAGAAGAAGUAAAUAGCUUAAGAAAGCAAAGAACGAGUUCCUCAUCCUCAAAAAUGAACAGUAUGGAUGUUUUAAAUAACCUGGGAUCCUGUGAACUAGAUGAAGAUGAUCUAAUGCUUGAUUUAGAAUUUUUAGAGGAACAGAAUCUUCAUCCUUCAGUUUGCAGGGAGGAUUCAUACCACUCUGUAGUCUCCUGUGCUGCUGUAGUUCUCACUCCAAUGGAACCAGCAAUAGAAAUGAAGAAAAGAGAAGAACCAAAAUUUCCUGAGACUUCCAGACAGAAUCUUUCCCUGAAAUUAACAAAAGAAGAUCAGGAAUCCAGGUGUUCCCAUCUAAGCCGAAUGCCCAGCAGUCCAUCAACAGAUUGGCCCCUACAAGGUGUGGAAGAAAAUGGGGGCAUAGAUUCUCUGCCUUUCAGACUGAUGUUACAGGACUGCACAGCAGUGAAGACGUUAUUAUUAAAGAUGAAGAGAGUUCUUCAAGAGAGUGCAGACAUGAGCCCAGCAAGCAGCAUCACUUCACUUCCUGUUAGUCCACUCACUGAAGAGCCAGUGCCUUUCAAGGAUAUAAUGAAAGAUGAAUGCUCUAUGCUCAAGUUACAGCUGAAAGAGAGGGAUGAACUUAUUUCCCAACUUCAGGAAGAGCUGGAAAAAGUUCAGCAUUUACAGAAGGCUUUUGCUUCAAGAGUAGAUAAAUCUACACAGACUGAACUUCUAAGCUGUGAUGCCCUGUGGAAUCCUACAUGCACUGAAGUUUUAUUUAAACCAGUACAUAUUUCAACCUAGGUUAAAUCAUUAUUUGACCACAAGAAAUGCAUUACUAAUCUGUGACAUUAAACAAUGAGUAAAAUCAUUUUUUCUAUUAUUCUAUAUGUUAACUGUUUCUCAGAAUAUGUGAUACAAAAAUGUUUUCAUUCCAGAUACUUUAUACUUUUUGUAUUUGUAAAUAAUCACACAUACUUUUGAUGAAGAGUCAACUAAUAUAUGUCUGUUUUAUUCCUAUUCUAUUUUAAAAACAAAAAUAUACUUUUAUAUAGAAAUUACUUCUAUAUGCAAAUAUUCUAAAAUGUAAUAUUCCACUUGGCAGUAAAUGUUGUUACUCAACCUUCUCAUCCAUAUCAUUUGUCUCUCUGGUGAUAGUUUUCAUUUUUUUCAUCAUGUAUUCUAUAAAGAGUAGAUUAGUUUGAAAACAUUGCCUUAGUUUCUCCCGUCUUAGUGGGACAAUUCCUACUGAAUAACUAAUUUAUCUGAAACCUCUUUUCUCUUGUGUUAAUAUAAAAAUAGUGUUUUCAAAUGGAAUAUGUAUUGAAGAGUCUUAACUAUAGUAUAUAUUAAAAAAAAAAGAAAUCCUACUCAUAACCUUAAAGAGUUGAAGAAAUGCUUAUUGGCUACUGACCGCACACUGAAAGGUAUUUCUUUAAUGUGUCAUAAAAGGAUGUCUGUAUCCUGAACUUGGUAUUGCUCCCCAAUUUCUUUGUGUUUCCUGUUUACUGUCUUUCUAUAAUAGCUCAUUUUAGUUAUCAAACAGCCAGGUGGCUGCAAGGCACUUCAGAAUGACUUACUGUUGUGGGAACUGUGCAGGACAAUAGGAGAGCCAAAGAGCUCAGGACAGGACAGCACAUUUUCUAUUUCACAUACAAGCCAUGAAAUAGCCAUGGUUCAUGAUGGUAACAUUCAGAAAUACACAAUUU